GUCACUGCUUUGAGAGAGAGCAUACCGGCGAUAGAUAAAGGAAAGGGAAAAAGAAAGAAAGACUGGGAAGCUCUGAAAGUCUGAAACAAAAAAAGCAAUGUCGUUAGCGCAGCUUCCACUUACAAGAGAAUCCGUGCUAGAAGCACAUGCAUUGAUCAAGUCGCGCAUCCACCGUACUCCUGUAUUUACCUCCACGACACUAUCAAAGCUCGCAUCAUCGGGUGAUAUGAACGUCAAUUUACUCUUCAAAUGCGAGAAUCUCCAAAAGAUCGGCGCAUUCAAGAUUCGCGGAGCAACACAUGCCCUCGCCCGGCUUACGGACGAGGAAUUGCGAAAGGGUGUUGUGACUCACAGUUCGGGUAACCAUGCGCAAGCGCUCGCACUUGCGGCAAGAGAGGCCUCUUCGGUAAGAGGCUUCAAGAUACCCUGCUGCGUCGUCAUGCCGCGCAUAUCCACGCCGUCUAAGAUCGCCGCGACGGAAGGAUACGGAGCGCAGGUGGUCUUUUCGGGAUCCACAUCUGCGGAGCGAGAAGCUGAGGUUAGGGUGGUCCAGGAGAGGACGGGAGCGGUGCUCGUGCCGCCCUACGAUCAUCCGCAUAUCGUACUUGGACAGGGCACUAUGGCGGUGGAGCUAGCUGAACAGGCGGAAGAGCUCGGGAUGCCAUUGGAUGCGAUCAUUGCACCCUGUGGGGGCGGGGGAAUGCUUGCCGGCGUUGCUGUUGCGUGUAAGGGGACUGGGGUCAAGAUUUUUGGAGCGGAGCCGAGGGAGGGUGCGGAUGAUGCUUGGAGGGGUUUGAGGGAUGGGCAGAGGGUGGGUAGUGUCGAGAGCCUGACCAUAGCUGAUGGCCUACGUACUCCGGUUGGUUUGGUUAAUUGGGGGGUUAUCAGCGAUAAAAGCUACGUUUCUGGUGUGUAUACCGUCAGUGACGAGGAGAUCAAGUUGGCUAUGAGGUUGGUGGUCGAGAGGAUGAAGGUCUUGAUCGAACCUAGUUCUGCUGUGCCGGUCGCUGUGGCACUCUACAACAAAGAGUUCAGAGAGGUUGUGCAGAAGCCCGGUCAGGGAAAAGAUGUGAAUUUGGGGGUCAUCAUAAGUGGUGGAAAUACCACUAUUGACAAGAUUAUAGAGCUAUUUGGAGUGAAAAACUAG